AACCAAAGAGGUAACCUGCAGCUAUGGAGUCACCGACUAAGGAAAUCGAAGAAUUUGAGAGCAACUCUCUGAAAUAUCUACAGCCAGAGCAAAUAGAGAAAAUCUGGCUUCGUCUCCGAGGCUUGAGAAAAUACAAGAAAACGUCACAGAGGGAAAUGCCAUUCUACUGGUUGUUUUCUCCUUUGAAGGUCCAUCUUGUGCUGCUGCUGCUGCUGCUCCACAGCUCCUCUGCUUCUAGUGGUAGUCCUCCCCUCUGAUAUUAGAG